AUGUCAUCCAGAACAACUCGCUCCUCGGCGAGACUUGCUACAGACCCUCCUCCCGACGCCGACCCCGGCUCAUCUUUGACGCACGCCGCUGGCUCGGCCCCCUCCCGGAAACGCAAAGCUCCUGGGCGCCGGGAUCGACAUCCAGACGCCCCGACCCAGUCACCGGCCCCCUCCUCCCCCCGAAGAUCGAAAAGACAGAAGACCACAACAGCCCAUUCGGCUCCCCCUGCAAGCUCCGCUGCAGCUGUACCUCGUCGAUCCGCCGCUUCUCGUGGCAGACCAGUCAUGUCACAGCCGGGACCAUCUUCUCGACCCUCGGAGGAAUCGAAGUCAACCACACCUCCACCCCCUUCGCGGCGGAGAUCCAGCCGGAAUGAUCGUCUCGCAGCAACACAAUCCCCGCCCCCGCGGCGGUCGAAGAAGCGCUCGGCAAAGACGAAUCCCGAUGCCAUAAUGCGGGAUGCGGAGGAGGAUCUGGAGGAGCCAGAGACCAAGGACGAGCGAGAGGGAUCUCCAACCGGGGAAAGCAAUGAUGGCACCAACCACUCGGCAUUUGACGAUGAGGAUUUGGACCCAUUCUCGAGCAGUCUUUUUGGAGGUCGCGGGCCGAUGGGCCUCCAGAGCACGCUUCGUGCCCUCAGUGGCAUCAUGUCGGGCAUGUCUAAUCGCCUCCGAGAUAUCCUUAGUAACCUGAGAGCGAAGGAUGAUCCUUCCGUUCAGUUGAUCGCUCUGCAAGAGUUGUCAGAUCUUCUGCUCGUCUCGAACGAGGACAACCUCUCCGGCCAGUUCUCUCCCGACCCGUACGUCAAGGAACUGGUCACCUUAAUGCAACCAAAUCAGUUCGGCGAAGAAAACCCCGAAAUAAUGCUUCUUGCCUGCCGUUGUCUUGCAAAUCUCAUGGAGGCCCUUCGUGGGUCGGUCGCUAAUGUCGUCUAUGGUGGCGCUGUCCCCAUUCUCUGCCAAAAACUUUUGGAUAUUCAGUUCAUUGAUCUAGCCGAGCAGGCUCUUAGUACCUUGGCCAAAAUCUCUGUUGAUUUCCCUGCUUCGAUUGUGCGAGAAGGAGGUCUGACAGCCUGCCUGACGUACCUGGAUUUCUUCCCCACAAGCACUCAACGUACUGCCGUGACAACUGCAGCCAACUGUUGCCGCAGCCUUCCUCAUGACUCCUUCCCUGUGGUUCGGGAUGUGAUGGGAACUUUGCUGAAUGUCCUGUCCAGCAAUGACCCCAAGGUUGUCGAGCAGGGUUGUCUUUGUGUCUCCCGAAUUGUCGAGAGCUUCAAGCAUCGGCCCGCUAACUUAGAAGAGUUGAUUGAGCCUGCCAUGCUUCAGGCUGUCCUGCGUCUCCUGCUGCCGGGUACUACCAACCUGAUUGGACCCCACAUUCACACUCAAUUCCUCCGUGUCCUGGCAAUCACCGCCAAGGUCAGCCCGCGCUUGUCUAUUGAAUUGCUCAAGAUGAAUGUUGUGGACACACUCUACCAGAUUUUAACUGGCGUAUCACCACCUCAAGAUGUGGACAGCACGGGCGUGAAAAUGGACAGUGUGUUGGUCAUGCAGGCAUUGAUCCACCGUCCACGGGAGCAGGUCUUCGAGACUCUCAAUGUCAUCUGUGAAUUGCUACCUGGCGUGCCUAAUCGUGAGGCAUCCAAGACCGACAGCUUGCUCAGCUCUUACUUUGAUAACAACAUGUCGAUCGGCCUGAAGUCACCAAAGACUAAAGACGCCCCGGAAGAGAGACGUGCGUUGCUGGACGACUGCAAACCCGAACUCAAGCGCUUUGCCAUGAUCCUCUUCCCCACUCUGACUGACGCAUACUCGAGUACGGUCAAUUUGCAUGUUCGUCAGAAGGUUCUGAUUGCACAGCUGAAAAUGCUUCAUUUCCUCGAGCCCAGUCUGAUUGAAGAUGCUCUCCGGACGGUCCCGUAUUCCUCGUUCCUGGCAGCGAUUCUUUCGCAAAAGGAUCACCCAUCGCUUGUAUCGCUCGCUCUUCGAUGCUCCGAGUUGCUCUUCCAGCGCCUUGAACACGUUUAUCAGCAUCAAUUCCACCGUGAAGGUGUCAUAUCCGAGAUCGAGAGGCUCACUGAGACUCCUCUGUCAAGUGAUCAGGAAGCUGAGCCCUCGGGUGGUGCGAAGAAGAGCUCCAGUGAUACCCCCAACGUUAUAAAUCCCAACGCCGAAGAUGCAGAAACUAGCGACAAGAAGGAUGAAGAUGCCGAUGACGAUGAUGGCGAUGACUUCGAUGAUCAGGAUGAUGACCAGGAUGACGAGAAUGAAGAUGAUUCUGACUCAGAGAAUUCUUCUAUCGAUGGUCGCCUCUCAAUUGCCAAGAUGGACGACGCCUUGAAUGACCUUGUCAUUCGGGAUGCUCAUGCCUUCCUUAGGAUCUACGAAGCGGGUCAAGGAGGGGCCGUCCGCUCUGAGGCUCAGAAGAUCCUGACAGAGCUCCAGGGCUUGGCAUCCAAUAUCCGAGAAUUCUACUCCUCCGGCAAUGAGAAGGAUGGCCUUGCUCUCUUCAAGAACCUGGCGUCUUACUUUGACGGAGACGCGCUGGAGAGCAUUACCAGCUCAGAGCUGCUAAACUCGGGCAUCAUCCAGGUGCUUCUAGACGUUCUUGCUGACUUCAAAGCUUCCUCCUCUGUUCGGCAUUCCAGGGCAGCCUUUCUGCAGGCUUUCAUGGGUGCAACGAUAUCUGAGAAGGCGCAGAGCCAAAGCACUGCGACCACUCCCUUCAGCGUAUUGAUUAGGAAAUUGCAAGACUUGCUCAGUAGGACUGAGCAUUUCGAAGUGAUUACUGUCAGCCACAACUCGCUGGAGAACACCCGCAGCAAUGCCACCUACAUGCUCGGAAAGCAGCUCCGACUCAGACUGGUUGCCGAAGACGGCUCUGAGGUUCCUCGUCCUUACAAGAAUAUUAUGGUUUCCAUUCAUGCUAUCGCCACCUUCAAGGCCCUGGACGACUUCCUUCAGCCGCGAAUUGCCAUAUCUGAGCGUCCGCGCCAGUCUCGAGCCCGGAAUUCGAUUCUCUCCCAAAUUGCCCAGGCUGCCAGCAUUCGCGACCAGCUGCCGUCGUCCCACUCCCCUCGACCGUCUGGUCGAAACCUCUCCACUCGGACCGGAGCCGCACAAGGCGACACCAACGAGUCGCCCGAUGAGGAUCAGGAUCAGGGAUCCGCAGGCAAUCACCGGCACCGACGCAUACGGGGAGACGAUGACGAUGAGCACGACGACGAGCCCCUCGAGUGCGCUGAUGAACGGCAACUGAGCGAGGAUGAGGAUGAGGAUGCCGACGAAGGCGAUGAGGACGAGGAACUCAAUGCUAUUGUGGAUGAUCUCGAGGAUGACCUCGAAGACGACAAUAUUCAUGAUCCUACGGCCGUCAACAUGGAGGUUGGUUCUUCGGGUAAAGUUACAGCUCGCAAAGAAGACGGCACUCGGGUUGGAACUCCAUCCCAGUCUACGCCGGCAUCGAAACCUUCGUCGUCGGCCCCCACUGCUUCAUCCCAUCCUGCUGGCCACAGCUCCAUAGCAACUGCAGGACGUCCGUUCUCCUCGUAUGCCGCUGCCAUGGCAUCGAUUCCCCAGGACUGGCACAUUGAGUUCUGUGUGGAUGGCAAGCCAAUCUCGAGUGACACCACUGUCUACCGUGCCGUUCAUCACAACCGCGAACACGUAGAUGAGACAAACCCCAAGAAUGUCUGGUCUGCCGUUCACACGGUCACUUUCCGCCGCGUGAAGGGUCCUCCUCCCCCUGAGCCAUCUACUCUUGCUGCUAGUGGUCAUGAUGCUUCUGAGGAUGACGGCCUCGAAAUCCCAUCUUCCCUCAACAAGGAUGCCACGACGGCGUCGAUUCUUCGCUUGCUUCGUGUUCUUCAUGAGAUGAACGCGACUAUCGGCGACAUCCUGACGGAGACUCGGGACCAUGUCAGCAUCACUCCCGAGCCUCUCGCCCAGUUUAUCAACACCAAGCUCACUGCCAAGAUGAACCGUCAGCUUGAGGAGCCCUUGAUCGUCGCAAGCAGCUGCCUACCUAGCUGGAGCGAGGACCUAGCUCGGCUGUUCUCUUUCUUGUUCCCGUUCGAGACCCGGCACCUGUUCUUACAAUCCACCGCAUUCGGCUACUCGCGUGCCAUGAUGAGAUGGCACAACUCGCAAAGUACAGAAGAUAGCCGACGUGACUUGCGACGUGACGAUCGGCCAUUCCUUGGUCGGCUACAGCGACAAAAGGUACGAAUCUCGCGUGCCCGCAUUCUGGACUCUGCUAUGAAGGUCAUGGAGCUUUAUGGGUCCUCUCCCAGUGUGCUUGAAGUGGAGUACUUCGAAGAGGUCGGAACUGGUCUGGGCCCUACCCUUGAAUUUUAUUCCACGGUUUCGAAGGAAUUCUCGAAGAAGAAGCUCAAGACAUGGAGAGAAACCGAUGACGGCUCGGCUGCUGAGUAUGCCUUCGGCAAGAGUGGCCUUUUCCCUGCCCCGAUGAGCGAUGAGCAAGCCUCCCAGGAGGCUGGUAAAAAGCAACUGAACAUUUUCAAAAUCCUUGGAAAGUUCGUCGCACGGUCUAUGCUUGACUCGCGCAUUAUCGAUAUCUCAUUCAACCCGGCCUUCUUCCGCAUUGCUGACAACCUCUCCUCUGUCACGCCGUCGCUGGGUACGGUGAAGCUUGUGGAUGAAGAUCUGGCCAAGUCCCUUGUCAUGCUGAAGCAGUUUGUCAAGGCCAAGGAUGGAAUUAAGAACAACAAUACCUUGUCGUCUCAAGAGAAAGUAGAGGCCAUCGAGAACAUCCAGGUCGAUGGAGUUCGAGUCGACGAUCUAAGCUUGGAUUUCAGUUUGCCUGGCUACCCGGCUAUUGAGCUUAUUCCCGAUGGGUCCAAUGUUCCCCUUACCAUUGACAAUGUCGACCGUUACGUGGACGGCGUCAUUGACAUGACCCUAGGUAGCGGGGUUCGACGCCAAGUGGACGCCUUCCGGGCUGGCUUUUCCCAGGUGUUCCCCUUCUCUGCUCUCCGUGCUUUCACCCCCCAUGAACUUGUCAUGCUCUUCGGACAGGCUGAUGAGGACUGGUCAAUUGAAACUCUCAUGGACUCAAUUAAGGCCGAUCAUGGAUUCAACAUGGAUAGCAGGAGCGUUCGCAACUUGCUGCAGACCAUGAGUGAAUUGGACUCACAGCAGCGCCGUGAUUUCCUACAAUUUGUUACGGGUAGCCCGAAACUUCCGAUUGGUGUCUUACACCUAUCUUUACGGUUGUCUGCCGCCCGAGCGAGCCCCCCUUACACUCCGGACGACUACCUCCCAAGCGUCAUGACCUGCGUGAAUUAUCUCAAACUCCCGGACUACAGCAGCUUGGAUGUCCUCAAGGAGCGACUAUCCGUUGCCAUCAAGGAAGGUCAAGGCGCAUUCCACUUGUCCUAG